AUGGCCUACCAUCAACCCGUAGACGAGGAACGCGGCGGAACCUGGGGAAUGCCCAAUCACCAACAAACUGGCCACGACAUCCCUCUACGCGAUCCACUUCAAUCACCUCAAGCAUUCGUCCCACCCACCCAUGUGAUCAAUGACCCUUACUAUCCAUCUCAAAACUACCAACAGAGCGAAUACUUGGAGCCCACCGUCUAUGGGGGCGGCGGAUUGCACGAGGACUACGACUCUUCAUCCUGGGUACCCGCCUCUCAACAUCCCUCAAGCAAUUAUGAAUCCUCCAUCAGCGGUACCCACACUUAUGAACCCAAGAUAUCAUCUGGCUUCGAGCACCCCGUUCCGAGUGAUGCACACGAAGACGUCCCACUGAUCAGGAACCCGGGUGAAUACCAUCAAAAUAACAACUACACCCCUGGCGGCUUUUCUGCCGAGGUUCCGACCGAAGAUAGCUACGUCCGUUACGGCCGCAUCCCUCAACGCCAACCUAGGCGUUACAAGACCGUCAAGCGGGUCGAACUCUAUCACGGCAAUCUCGUCUUGGAUUGUAAAGUGCCAACCAAACUACUCGCAAUGUGUCCUCGUAAGGACGAACGUGAAUUCACUCACAUGCGAUACACAGCUGCCACUUGUGAUCCGAAUGACUUCAAAGACGAACGGUAUACUCUAAGACAGGUUUUAUACGAGCCAGCCCGUCGAACAGAACUGUUUAUCGUCAUGACUAUGUACAAUGAGGAUGACCAGCUAUUCACAAGAACCAUGCAUGGGGUCAUGAAAAAUGUUCAACAUCUCUGCUCACGUGAUCGGUCCAAAACAUGGGGUAAAGAUGGUUGGAAGAAGGUGGUGGUGUGUAUCGUAUCUGACGGGCGAUCCAAGAUCAACUCCCGUACUCUCUCCGUCCUGGCAGCCAUGGGAGUUUACCAAGACGGUGUGGCCAAGAAUGUUGUUAAUGACAAGCCAGUGACCGCGCAUAUCUACGAAUACACAACCCAAAUCUCUAUCGACCCGGACUUGAAAUUCAAAGGAUCCGAAAAAGGGCUGGUACCCGUUCAGAUCCUGUUUUGUCUCAAAGAGAAAAACCAAAAGAAGAUCAACUCUCAUCGAUGGUUUUUCAAUGCGUUCGGCCCAAUCCUCCAGCCAAACGUUUGUGUCCUCUUGGAUGUCGGUACCCAACCGGGAGUAUCUUCGAUCUAUCGACUGUGGAAGAGCUUCGACAUCAAUUCUAAUGUUGGUGGGGCGUGCGGUGAAAUCGUUGCCUUGAAGGGCAAGUUCCUCAGAAAUCUCUUGAAUCCUCUCGUGGCUGCUCAAAACUUUGAGUACAAAAUGUCAAAUAUCCUGGAUAAACCAUUGGAAUCCGUUUUUGGCUACAUCACGGUCUUACCAGGAGCCUUCUCGGCCUAUCGAUAUAUCGCACUACAGAACGAUGCCAAGGGAGAAGGGCCAUUGACGCAAUACUUCAAGGGAGAAACCUUAGGACAUUCCGCGGAUGCAGACCUAUGGACUAAGAACAUGUAUCUGGCUGAAGAUCGAAUCUUGUGUUGGGAGCUCGUCAGCAAACGAAAUAGCUCGUGGAUCUUACAUUAUGUCAAAAACUCAUUCGCGGUGACCGAUGUACCAGACCAGGUCCCCGAACUGAUCUCACAACGUCGUCGAUGGCUGAAUGGGUCGUUCUUUGCCGCUAUACAUUCGACCGUCCACUUUGGUUAUCUAUAUCGGUCCAGUCACUCCUUUCUCCGCAAAGCUGUCUUACAUUUCGAAAUGGUAUACCAGACUUUCAGCAUGCUCUUUUCGUGGUUCGGUUUGGCAAAUUAUUACAUUGCAUUUGUUAUUCUUACUAAAUCGAUGGAAGAUCCGUCAUUCAAUUUCAACGGCAUUCAAUACUUUAAUGAUGUUUUGAGGUAUAUCUACCUCGGCGUACUCAUCAUGUGUUUUCUAUUAGCCAUGGGUAAUCGACCUCAGGGCUCCAAAGUGAUGUUCACGCUAGCUCUGGUGGUAUUUGCAUUUAUAACGCUCUACAUGACAUUCGCCGGUGUGUUUAUCGCCGUCAAGGGGAUCCUGAAUGCGGAAGCAGCGAUCGUCGCAAGUGGUGGUCACUUCACUGUCGCCGAUAUCUUCGCAAACAGGAUCUUUCGUAACAUUGUGCUUUCAUUAGUCGCUACUUUUGGCUUGUGGUUGAUCGCCUCAUUUAUGUUUUUUGAGCCUUGGCACAUGUUCACCUCCUUUGCCCAAUACAUCUUGAUGUCUCCCUCCUUCAUCAACGUGAUCAACGUCUAUGCGUUCUGUAACGUCCACGAUGUCAGUUGGGGCACCAAGGGGGACAACAAGGUCGAGACCGAUCUCGGGGUCGUCAAGGCGGCUGAGGACGGCAAGACGGGCAAGGUGGACAUCACCGUUCCUACGGACGAGAAGGAUAUCAAUGCGGCAUACGAUGACGCUUGUCAUGUGUUGUCUAAUAAGCCUCCCCCGGAAAAAGAAACUAUCGACGCCGAAACUAAGAUGACAGACUCUUACCGUAAUAUCCGUACCAACGUCGUCUUGGCUUGGGCUUUGAUGAAUGGUGCACUAGUGGCUGUAAUUUUAUCCACAAAAGCCGGCUCCAAUAUCUCACAAGAUGGAGACUCUGCAAAAGUUAAUACAUACAUGACGUUUUUGUUGUACAGCGUCUUCGGGUUAUCGUUUGUUAAGUUUGUUGGAACGACUAUGUAUCUGGUCCAGUUUAUCUUUACAGGAUGA